AUGCAUCAGUCGGAGAUUACUGGGGCCACCCAAAAGACCAUCGACACGGAAGACGGUGAGGCAGCCCAGUCCUGUCAGGAAGCCAUCAUCACCUACCAAAACACUGAGCCUCAGACCGCCAUGGAGGUCAUUCCGCCAGACGACCAAAUGAUAGACGACCGAGGUACCGAUAUCGACUCUCUCAUUCAUUCCUACAGCUGCUUCAAACUGUCAUUCAUUGUCAAGAUGGCAUAUCUGCAGAACAUCAAGGCUCUGAGGCCCGAUUUGUCUGCGGAGGACACGAAGCAGGAGGAGCAGUCCUUGGAAGAAACUCGAGCGCAGGCAAUAGAGGCGUGGGAGAAGAUCCGAAAUAUUGCGAGCCACUAG